GCCGCCGCUGCUGCCGCCGCUGCACGAUGCGCGGAGCCCGGGCGCUGGCGCUGAGCCUGGCGCUGGCCGCGCUGCUGGCCGGCCCGGCCGGCGCGUGGUACAAGCAGGCGGCCGGCCCAAACUACUACUCCGUGGGCCGCGCCUCGGGGCUGCUGUCCGGCAUCCGCCGCUCGCCCUACAGCCGCCGCGCCGAGCCCGAGCCCGAGCCGGAGGCGGAGGCUGGGCCGGGGCCGGGGCCGGAGGGCGGCCCCGCGCUGCUGCUGCCCGACCUGCCGGGCGCCGCGCCCCGCCCGCCCGCCGCGCUGCGCGCCAUGGCGCUGUGCGUGAAGGACGUGGCCCCCGAGCUGCGGAGCUGCCAGCUGCUGCCCGGCGCCCCCGGCACGCUGCACUGCAAGGCGGACGUCACCGUGGCGCUGGACCCCGCGGCCUGCGCCUGAGCCCCGCGCCGGACCGCCCGCCCCGCCCGCCGCCGCCGCCCGCCGCACCUCAAUAAACGCGCUUGAACCUCCCGUGUGCUCGCGCCGUCG